UAGCUCGCGGGUCGGGUCGGGUCGAGUAAAGGGUACCCGAUCCGUGCCCAGCAGUGGUGUGGUGUCUACAGUCUACUUAUAAAAUCUCGAGCCAGUAGUCAUCUGAGGAAAAAAUUGGAAACAUUGGGGUUUGCGUGGGCUUCAAGAUUCGGAAACUUUCUCAAUUCUCUCUGAUAAGUCGGCGAUUGCGACUGUCACCACCACCGCGUCUCACUCCGCCGUUGCUUUCUCACUCCGCCGUUUCUUUCUCACUCCGCCGUUUCACCGUUGCUUUCUCACUCCGCCGUUGCUUUCUCACUCACUAUCUCUGGUAAAUUUCUCGAUUUUUCUUUGAUUGUUGAUCACUGAUCAGUUUUAUUCGCUUGGCUUGUUUUGGUUUGUUGCGGAAAUUGCGAAUUUCUCUGAUUUGGAAACCUUCUCUCUGAUUUCUCGGCGAUUGCGACUGUCGCCACCGCUGCGUCUCCCUCCGCCGUUGCUUUUUCACUCAGUCUCUCUGGUCUGUCUGAAAUCAUGCCGCAGCAAAAAGAAUUGAAUAUGUGCCACCCUGACGGUACCCCAUGGGUAGCAAAGUUGGUCAUCGGAGACACUUUCACAAAUUUACAAACUUUGGCGGAUGAACAUCCAGAUGUUGGACAUGUGCUUCGAGCCUCGCAGGUGAACUUUCUGACGGAAUCUGACACUCGACUUCUGUUUGUCAAAGCUUCAGAAGGUCAUUUACCAAUUUCUCCAACAAAACCGGGGAUAAACCAAGAGGGCCUCUUCUUCGUAGUUUCCCAUGCAUACUCAGAUGGGACCCAUUAUGAAAUUGUGAAUGACGGUCGUUACACACAAUCAGGACGUCCCUUUGGUAAAUUCAAGUUCACGGAGGCCAAACUUAAGGAUAAACGGAGUAAUUUGUUGUACAUCCGCAGGAAUAUACGGCUCCGACGUCAAUUCAACAAACUAGCUUGUAUCCACUACCUUAGAGUACAUGAAAAUCCUAUUGCGGAGAAGACGAAUCAUCUGGAUUCUCCUGAAGCUGAUUUUGAUGAGGAGAAUGCUGCAUUGGAGUAUGAUUCAGACGAGAAUCUGGUUAUGAAAAGAGGGACCCGUGAUAACAAUUCAUCACUUGAUAAUUCUGAUUCAUGCGUGGAGGCUAAUUCAGACGAAACUUCGCUUAGCCAGGAGAACAGUUCACUGAAGAAUGAUUCUGAUUCAUACGAGGAACCCGCCCCUGCAGCGAAGAAACCUGCAGUUGUCAAGAAAGAUAGUUCAUCCGAGGAUGAAUCUUCUUCAGACGAGGUAGAACCUGCCCCUGCAAAGAAGCAAAAGCAACCUGCAGUUGUUAAGAAAGACAGCUCAUCCGAGGAUGAAUCUUCUUCAGAUGAGGAAACUGCCCCUAUGAAGAAGGUACCAUCAGUUCCUAAUAAGGCCGAGGCAGACAGCAGUUCAUCUGACGAGGUUGAAGCCGCACCACCUGCUUCAAUCACAAAGCCACUCAAGAAAGGUAAGAGAGAUGCGGAACAGGAUUUGGACAUCCAAGUUUCGAAGAAGCAGAAGAAAGACUUGAUUGCUGCUGUUCAGAAGGAGAAAGCUGCGAAGAAGAUACCAAAGAAGCUAGAGACUAGCAGUUCUGACUCAUCUGAUUCUGAGGAAGAGCAGAAGAAGGAGAAAGCUGCGAAAAAAAUACCAAAGAAGGUAGAAACUAGCAGUUCUGACUCAUCUGAUUCUGAGGAAGAGCAGAAGGAGAAAGCUGCGAAAAAAAUACCGAAGAAGGUAGAAACUAGCAGUUCUGACUCUUCUGAUUCUGAGGAAGUGCAGAAGACUAAGAAAGUUACUGCAAAGGAACCUCCAUCUAAGCUGAAGGAUGACUCUUCUGAAGACGAUGAUGAUUCUUCUUCGUCGGAUGAGGAUGAUUCUUCUUCGGAUGAGGAAACUGCCCCUGCAAAGAAGCAACCUGAACCUCUUAAGAAAGACAAGGUAGAUAGCAGCUCAUCAGAGGAUGAUUCUUCUCCAGACGAGGAAACCGCCCCUGUGAAGAAGCAAACAGCAAAAGCUCUUAAGAGUUCAAAGGUCGGGAGCAGUUCAUCAGAGGAUGAUUCUUCUUCAGACGAGGAACCUGCCCCUGCAAAGAAGCAACCUGUUAAGAAAGACAGCUCAUCCGAGGAUGAUUCUUCUUCAGAUGAGGAAACUGCCCCUGUGAAGAAGGUACUACCGUCAGUUACUAAGAAGGCCAAGGCAGACAGCAGUUCAUCUGAUGAUGGAUCUUCAUCUGACGAGAAACCUGCCCCUGCAAAGAAGCAACCAGCAGGUGUUGAAAAAACCAAGGCAGAAAGCGGAUCAUCUGAGGACGAAACAUCUUCAGACGAGGAAUCUGCCCCUGUGAAGAAGCAACCAGAACCUCUUAAGAAAGACAAGGCAGAGAGCAGCUCAUCAGAGGUUGAUUCUUCUUCAGACGGGGAACCUGCCCCUGCAAAGAAGCAACCUGUUAAGAAAGUCAGCUCAUCCGAGGAUGAAUCUUCUUCAGAUGAGGAAACUGCCCCUGUGAAGAAGGUACCGUCAGUUACUAAGAAGGCCAAGGCAGACAGCAGUUCAUCUGAUGAUGGAUCUUCAUCUGACAAGGAACCUGCCCCUGCAAAGAAGAAACCAGCAGGUGUUCAAAAACCCAAGGCAGAAAGCGGAUCAUCUGAGGACGAAACAUCUUCAGACGAGGAAUCUGCCCCUGUGAAGAAGAAACCAGAACCUUUUAAGAAUUCAAAGGUCGAGAGCUCUUCAUCAGAGGAUGAUUCUUCUUCAGACGAGGAACCUGCCCCUGCAAAGAAGCAACCUGUUAAGAAAGUCAGCUCAUCCGAGGAUGAAUCUUCUUCAGAUGAGGAAACUGCCCCAGUUAAGAAUGUCAUGGCAGACAGUAGUUCAUCUGACGAGGAACCCUCCCCUGCAAAGAAGCAACCAACAGUUGUUGAAAAGCCCAAGGCAGAAAGCGGCUCCUCUGAGGACGAAUCUUCUUCAGACGAGGAAUGUUCCCCUGUGAAGCAGCAACCUGCAGUCCUUAAGAAUGCCAAAGCCGUGAGCAGUUCAUCAGAAGAAGAAUCUUCUUCGGACAAGGAACCCACAUCUACCAAGAAGCAGCCAACAGUUGUCAAGAAUGUCAAAUCAGCUGCAAAAGACUCAUCAUCCUCAGAGGAACAUUCUGAUGAUGAGGAAAGCAAUGAUGAAAAACCUCCUACGAAGAAGGCGAAAGUUUCAUCAACAAAAACUUCUAAACAAGAAAGCUCUAGUGACGAAUCUGAUGAGGAGGAGAGUAAAGAUGAAAAAGUGACCCGAAAGAAAAAGGAUUCUGAUAUUAAAAUGGUGAAUGCAGAGCAGAAAUCAAAUGCAAAACAGCCAAAGAAGCAAGGAGGAUCAAAGACGCUUUUUGCUGGAAAUCUUUCCUUCAGAAUUAAGAGAUCUGACAUAGAGAAUUUCUUCAAAGAAGCUGGUGAAGUUGUCGAUGUUAGAAUUGCUUUACGUGAAGAUGGUACUUUAAAGGGAUUUGGGCAUGUUGAAUUUGCUUCUGCAGAUGCAGCUCAUAAGGCAUUGCAACUGAACGGUAAAUCAUUACUAGGUCGCAUAGUUCAUCUUGAUCUUGCUUCCGAGAGGGUUGUAUACAAUACUCCACGAAGCAGCAAUGCUGGUGACAACUACCAGAGUGGCGGCAUAAGAGGAGGAAGCCGGGGUCAAAGGAUUUUUGUUAAAGGAUUUGAUUAUUCUCUUGACGAAACUGAAAUCAGGCGUGCCUUGAGAACUCAUUUUAGUACUUGUGGAGAAGUGGCAUGGAUUUCUAUUCCAACAGAUCGUGAGACUGGUGCUAUCAAGGGGAUUGCUUUCAUAGAUUUGAAGGAUGGAUUUACAAAGGCAUUGCAACUGAAUGGAAGUGAAAUUAGAGGAUGGAAAAUUGUGGUGCAAGAGGCUAGACCGAGAGGAGAGGCUGGUGAUGGUAGUGUUGGUCGUUUCUCAGCAAACCAUGUUUGAUUGCAUCAGCCUAAGGGAAGAAGACCGUCUUUAUUGGUGAUGAGUAGAAAGUCUUCUGUUGAAGAGGGCUCUUGUUUUUCUUCUAUCCCUUAUAGCUUUUCUGGCCUAGUUUUUUUUUUCUUUGUUAGUUGAGAGUUAACUGUUCCUUAAGAGAGCCAAGAUAUAUGUUGGUUAAUUUGGCUAAGAGUGCUCUUCUGCUCAAAAUUUGAAGAAAUCCCUUAUAUUCAGUAGUGGUUCUUCUGCCCUGGUUACACUUUGUAUGUAGACUCUCUUUGAACUUUGAAUGAUUAGUAACAACAUUUAGUUGCUGCUAUUCGUA